AUGGCGCCUUCCUACAUAAAAGUCCCUCCAAGGGACGCAACGCUGUUGAGCGCGACAAAUGGUGCUGCGACACCACACAUGGCGACUACAACACUUAAAGUUGACGGCAUGACCUGCGGUGCAUGCACUUCCGCUGUUGAAGCCGGCUUCAAGGGCGUAGACGGAGUGGGCAGCGUUUCUGUCAGCCUUGUGAUGGAACGAGCGGUCAUCAUGCACGAUCCACGACGCAUAGCCGCAGACCAAAUUCGCGACAUCAUCGAAGACCGGGGCUUCGACGCCGAAGUUCUCUCGACCGACCUUCCGUCGCCCGCCAUCGACCGGUCCUACGACGAUGCCAACGAUGCCGAGGCCGCUGCGGGCAGCUGUGUGACGACGGUGGCUGUCGAAGGCAUGACCUGCGGCGCGUGUACCUCGGCGGUUGAGCGUGGCUUUGAUGGCGUUCCUGGCAUCAGGCACUUUAGCAUAUCGCUGCUCUCCGAACGGGCUGUGAUCGAGCACGAUUCAACACUGCUGAGUGCAGAGAAGAUUGUGGAAACCAUUGAGGACUGCGGGUUCGGCGCAAAUGUCGUGGAGACGAAGCAGAUGCGGCCUGAGAAAGGCGGCGGCCUGGGCGGGCAAAUGGCAAUUCCAGCGCACGUAACGACGACCGUGGCCAUCGAGGGCAUGACCUGCGGUGCCUGCACGUCCUCCGUGGACGGGCUCUUCAAGGGCGUGGACGGCGUGCUGCGGUUCAACAUCAGCCUGCUGGCUGAGCGGGCGGUCGUCACACACGACCCGGCCAAGCUGUCGACGGAGAAGAUUGUGGAGAUGAUCGAGGACGGUGGCUUUGGGGCGACAAUCGUGUCUUCGGUGCCGGAUGACGCGACCGGUGGUGGCCAGGCCAAGGGCUUCGCCACGGCUCAGUUCAAGGUGUACGGGACGCCCGAUGCAGCUGCGGCCAAGAAGCUCGAAGAAGGCCUCCUCGCGCUCGCGGGCGUGCAGUCGGCAACGCUGAGCAUGGCGUCGUCACGUCUGACAGUGGCGCACGUGCCGAGCGUGACGGGCCUGCGGGCGAUCGUCGAGGUGGUUGAAGCAACGGGGCUCAAUGCGCUUGUGGCGGACAACGACGACAACAACGCGCAGCUCGAUUCUCUGGCAAAGACGCGUGAGAUCAACGAGUGGCGGCGGGCGUUCAAGUUGUCGCUCAGCUUUGCGGUGCCGGUCUUCCUGCUGGGGAUGGUGCUUCCGAUGCUGCUACCGAUGCUGGAUUUGGGUUGUUUCACGGUGAUUCCAGGCCUGUACGUUGGCGACAUCAUCUGCCUGGUCCUGACGGUGCCGGUGCAGUUUGGCAUCGGCAAGCGGUUCUACGUUUCGGCAUGGAAGUCGGUCAAGCACGGCUCGCCGACGAUGGACGUUCUCGUUGUUCUGGGCACGUCGUGUGCCUUCUUCUUCAGCAUUGUGGCGAUGCUGAUCUCGGUCCUCAUUGCGCCGCACAGCCGUCCGAGCACGAUCUUCGACACGAGCACGAUGCUGAUCACGUUCAUCACGUUCGGGCGCUUCCUAGAGAAUCGUGCCAAGGGCCAGACGUCCAAGGCGCUGUCGCGGCUGAUGUCUCUGGCGCCAUCGAUGGCGACAAUCUACGCCGACCCCAUUGCGGCAGAGAAGGCAGCGGAGGGUUGGGAUACGGUGGCCGGCCGAGGCGGACCGAAGACGCCGCUGGUGGACGGCAACGCGGCAGAGGAAAAGGUGAUUCCGACGGAGCUCAUCGAGGUGGGCGACAUUGUGAUUCUGCGACCGGGCGACAAGAUCCCAGCGGACGGCGUGAUGGUGCGCGGCGAGACGUAUGUGGACGAGAGCAUGGUGACGGGUGAGGCGAUGCCGGUGCAGAAGAAGACGGGCAGCUUCCUGAUCGGAGGCACGGUGAACGGCCACGGCCGUGUGGACUUCCGGGUGACGCGAGCAGGCCGCGACACGCAGCUCAGUCAAAUUGUGAAGCUCGUGCAGGACGCGCAGACGACGCGGGCGCCGAUCCAACGACUCGCCGACACGCUCGCAGGGUACUUUGUGCCGACGAUUCUGACACUCGGAUUCCUAACGUUUGUGGUGUGGAUGGUGCUUAGUCACGUGCUUCCGAACCCGCCGAAGAUUUUCCUACAAAACGCGAGCGGCGGCAAGGUGUUUGUGUGUGUGAAGUUGUGCAUCUCGGUGAUCGUGUUUGCAUGUCCAUGCGCGCUGGGCCUGGCGACACCGACGGCAGUGAUGGUGGGCACGGGUGUCGGGGCCGAGAACGGGAUUCUCGUCAAGGGUGGAGCAGCGCUAGAGACGGCGACCAAGGUGACGCGGGUGAUCCUGGACAAGACGGGCACGAUCACAUACGGCAAGAUGAGCGUGGCAAGCGUGAUUCUGGCGGCAGCGUGGCAGGAGAGCGAGCAGCGGCGACGGCUGUGGUGGACGGUGGUCGGACUGGCCGAGAUGGGCAGCGAGCAUCCGAUCGGGCGAGCAGUGCUGGGAGCAGCGAAGACGGAGCUGGGGAUGGACCAGGAGGGCACGAUUGACGGCAGCGUGGGCACGUUCGAGGCAGCGGUAGGCCGGGGCAUCAGCGCGGUGAUCGAGCCGGCGACGAGCGAGCGGAAGCGGUUCGACGUGCUGAUCGGCAACACCCGGUUCCUGCGCGAGAGGAGGGUGGAGGUGCCGGAGACAGCGAUCUCGGCGUCGGAGGAGAGCAACACACGGGCAGCAGCAGCGUUUAAGCGAUCGUCGGCGCAGUCAGCAGGAACGACGAACAUUUUCAUCGCGAUCGACGGACACUUUGCCGGCCACCUCUGUCUGGCAGACACGAUCAAGGAGGGGGCAGCAGCAGCGAUCUCGGUGCUGCACCACAUGGGCAUCAAGACGGCAAUGGUGACGGGCGACCAGCGAUCGACAGCGGUGGCGGUAGCGGCAGCGGUGGGCAUCGCAGCCGAGAGCGUGUUUGCGGGAGCGUCGCCGGAGCAGAAGCGGGCGAUCGUGGCCGAGCUGCAGGCACAGGGCGAAGUGGUGGCGAUGGUGGGCGACGGGAUCAACGACUCGCCAGCGCUGGCGACGGCAGAUAUCGGGAUCGCGAUGGCGUCAGGUACUGACGUGGCGAUGGAAGCGGCGGACGUGGUGCUGAUGCGGCCGAACCGGCUGAUGGACAUCCCGGCCUCGCUCGACCUGGCGCGGUCCAUCUUUGGGCGGAUCAAGCUGAACCUGGCGUGGGCGUGUGCGUACAACAUCGUGGGGCUGCCAUUUGCCAUGGGCCUGUUUCUGCCACUGGGGCUGCACCUGCACCCGAUGGCGGCCGGUGCGGCCAUGGCGGCGUCCAGCGUGAGCGUCGUGGUCAGCAGCCUGCUGCUCAAGUUCUGGCGACGGCCCGGCUACAUGGAUGUCGAUCUGUACGACGAGCGUGGCGUGCCCAAGGCCAGUCUGGGCUGGCGCUGGAAGACGCGUAGCAUGGCGGCCUGGGCCCGCGGCGGGCUCGAGGACGUCUACCUGGCCGUGCGCGGCCGGUGGUGGGCGGACAAGGAAGACGGCGGAUACGUGCCGCUGGCGAAUUUGGAUGGUAUCCGCCCGGAGCAGAUGCCACCAAAACGAGAUCCAUCGGUUCUGGUUACCGAUGCACGUGAGCGUCCGCCAUCGAGCCAGGGCAGAUCCGGUGCGCAGCGGCCCAGCUCUUCGCAGGGCAAUUCGUAUAGCGUCUCCUCGUCCUCGUCCGCCAGCCAGCGACAUUCGAUGCGCCACGUUUCUGUCGACAGCAUCCUCCAGAACGCGACGGCCAUUCCGUCUGGUCAGCCACGUGGACCGCCGGGGUCACAACGCCUGGUGCCGGCAUCCGGUCUGCCGGCAGCCGCAGCCGCAGCUCGACGACGCGGCCUCACGAGACGGGGCAGUGGCUACGGCGGUGCAGCUGGUGUCGGCAGUGCAGCCGGACUGCUGGCCGGGAGUACCGGCGUAGGAGGGACAGGCAUCGGGGGGUCAGCUGGAAUCGGUGGUGGGCCGUUGCUGUCGCGGGCGGUGCUACCCAACAUGCCGUCCCGCACGACCAAGAUCUCGGAGAAGUUGGUGCUGCUGCCGGAGACGGGUGACGAGACGACAGGACCUGGCUUUGACGAUGAAGACGAGGACGAGGACGAGGAAGAGGAGGCAAACGAGGAGAACGGCCUGGAUGUGGACAUGACCGACGCGGCCGAGAGGGCGCUGGUGGCGGCGUUGGCCAGCGAGAAUGCCGAGGCAGCACAGCGGGCGCUGCACCGGGCACGCAUCGAGGAGGGCGGCGGGCUAUACGACGGGGCACGUCCGCCGCGCGACGAGGAGCUGGACGUGCUGCGAAAGCGUGGCGGGAUCCGGGGCAAGAGCUAUGCCGAGCGGCUGCCCAAGGGCCAGCGGACGGAAAAGGUCGCCCGGCUGACAGCCUACUGCACGGCACAGGCCUUCAAGAUGCGGGCGACGGCCGAGUUUCUGCGCGCGCGCCACGCUGCCAAGGCCAAGCUAUACGACGACUGCCUCUACACCGUCUACCACCUGCCGCUGCUGCCCGGCCACGACGGUUUCCGCGUGCGCAGCCGGCCGAUCCUCAAGACGCCCGGCACCGGCAAGACGGUGCUGGACCUCGAGAUCGAGCGCAGCGAGCGGCGUGACGAGCACAUGGGCUACGACUACGGGUAUGCGCACGGGCACGAGGGACACGACGAAGGACACGACGGACGGCAGCACGCGGACGGGGCUGUCAAGAAUAGCCACAGCGGCCAGGCAACGUCUGGUGGGGACGAGGAUCAGCAGCAGCAGCAACAACAGCAAGAGGAGCAGCCACAGCGCAUGUACCCCGUCUCCUCUUCUUCGGCGACCGAGGCGGCAGAGAUCUAUCUGGACAGCCCACGACCGCCGGUCAACCAGCUGGCGCCCGAGGCGAAGCAUUUUGCCGAGAUGUUUGUCUUCUCGUAUGGCGUGGUGGUGUUUUGGAACUUUUCCGAGCAUCAGGAGAAGGCCAUUCUGGCCGACCUGGCAUUUGCUGAGAGCGAGACGACGGGAACGGGGACGAGCAGCGAGAGCGGCAGCGGCGUGGCGCUGGCAGUGCGGCCGCUCGAUCAGGCCGACUUUGAGACGGAGGAGUUCCACUUUGAGUACAGCGGCAGCGUGCAGCGGCCGCGGGUGUUCAACGACAUGAUCACGCUGCUGCCACGGUCAGACCACAUGGUGAAGCUGACGAUCAGCCACGCGAUCGCGCAGAGCACGAAGCUGUGCUUCUUCGAGGAGAAGAUGUCGCAGACGAUGCAGAAUGCACAACACGUGCCGAAGCAGCUGGCGUUGACGGGUGAGCUGAACAUGUCGCGGACAGAGAUUGUGAAGAUUCUGGGGCUGUUGUUUAAGAGUCGGGUGGACAUUAAUCUAUCCUCAAACAUCCUGGACGUCCCCAACUUCUUCUGGGACGCUGAGCCGACACUGCAUCCACUCUACGUAGCCAUCCGCGAGUAUCUCGAGAUCGAUCCGCGCAUUCAGGUGCUCAACGAGCGCUGUCGCGUCUUCCUUGACCUGGCCGAGAUCCUGGCCGACUCGGUGGCCGACGCCAAGAUGAGCUACAUCACCUGGAUCGUCAUUAUUCUGAUCGUCAUCAGCAUCUGCGUCACCGUCGCCGAGGUUCUCCUACGCUUCGCCCUGCUGGAGAGGGGAAAGGAGCGCAACCGCACCUGGGCGCCCAACGGCAGCAGCAGCGACAUCGUGUCUGUGCUGCCACCGGCACCACCGGCCCUCCAGAUCCAGACGAUUCGAAGCGGCAGCAGCAGCGGCGGCCUGGGCGACCUCGACGACCUCAGCAAGAGACCGACGCUCGACGAACUGCGGGCAUGGGGUGCCCUACUGAGCUCACAGGAGCGGGCAGCCGUGUGUGGCAGCGACUUGGUCGGGCAGACGUUUGCCGGUGUCUGA